GACCCCAUCAUCCUGAUGUGGGGGGCAGAGUCCCUGAGGGAGGGCUGGACCGCUUUGAAGCAGCUGGAGGAGGACGAGCCCACGAUCGCCGCCGCCAGCGUCGUGCGGAAGAACCCUCGGAUUCUCACUAUCACCAUGGCGGCCCAGCCUUCGGCCGCGAAUCAGUCGGACCGACACUGA